AACUACCCGGAAGUUUAGCGUGACAAGUUUGGCUAAUAUGCGAAGCUAUUAGGAAGUCAUCGGCAUUUUUUUUUUUAGCAUUACCACAUUCAAAGUGCUCUACUGAGAACAUACAGCUAUAUAUUCCAUCUUCCAAACCAACAAUAUUUCAAGAUAACAUUUGUUACCGUUUCGUGGCACUUCUCUGCAGGCGAAGGUAGCUAACUUGCUCAUGCUUUUCUAUCCUUGCUGAUGAAAUGAUCAAAGCCAAAAUACUUCUAAUUGGUCCAAACGAGAGUGGGAAAAGUGUCCUUGCAAACUUUCUGUCGGAUGCAACAGAAAAUGUGGGAGGUGAAUACAGACCCACUCAAGCUGUCAGGAUACUAGAAUUUGAAUCCCAACUAGAAGGCACUGGUGACAUAAAGUCAUGUGAAGUGGAGCUGUGGGAUUGUUCCGGUGAUUUCAAAUUUGAGUCAUGCUGGCCUGCGCUCAUGAAAGACUGCAGCGGCAUCGUGAUGGUUUUUAAUCCCGACAUUCCCAGUCACCUCAAAGAAAUCGAGACGUGGCACUCCAUGUUCAUCUCCCACCAGGGUUUGCAGGACAGCCAAUGUCUGCUCAUAGCUCACCACAAGCCCGGCAGUGCAGCAGAAGAAGGUCGACUGGCUUUAGUGUCACACCUGAGUAGACUUCCACUUAUUCACUCUGAUGUUGAGGAAGAACCAGAGGACCUGAGGAGGGCUUUUUGCAGCUACUUGGGAAAAGUGGUAAAUACACUUUCGGAAAGUCGUGAGAGGGAAGAAAUGUCCAUCAUCACUUAGCAUCACCUACCUUUCUUACCUCUCCAAAAACAACACACGUGUUUGUGUUUAAUGAAACCAUUUAAGGACCACUUAUCAAAUUUUUAAGGCAGUAUAGGUACUAUACGUAGAUACUUCUAAAAAGAGAUGUAUUUUUGUUUUAAAUAUCCUCACAAGUAAAUCCAUAAAGUAAACAUCAACAGAAAAAACUCUUAAUGGCUCCAGACUAUGACUAAGUGGUUGUUUGGUUUUUGUCUACUCCUGAAUGUGCGUCCAGUUAAUCUGUUUGGCUUUUUAACAAUUCAGUUACUGACUUAGAUUAUGUGAUUGGAAAAUAGUUCUCUCUCUUGCAUGUGUGUUCUACCCGAGCGGAGCCGGCUUUGCGCGCAUGUACCAGUCUCUACGGCAGGAUGUAACCAAGAAUUUGUGGCCAAGUGGGUCAUUAUUGUUGUAGAAAUUACUAAAUGCUUGCUGUAUGCACAUUGCGAGUUGUAGUAGUCGCUAUUAUGGAAUAAAGUAGAGCACAUAUGAACGGAGGAAGCCAAAUGUUGUACACUGUGAUGUAAAAAAAAAAAGUAGCCAUGUCACUGAGGUGACCGGUAUUGUUUCUGCAAAUUGCUAUCCAUCCAGGUCAAAAUGCUCUUCAUAAAUUGAACACAGGGCAACAGUUGUGUCUGGCAGGUAAUUGUUUUGUGUAAUCACGCCAGAGGAGAUAUAGUUGAUCACAAUCCUUCUCAUGGACAUUUGCAGCUGAAACACAGAGACAUUUUGCCAGGAACGUAGGCUUUGUGCUCAGGAUGCAACUCAACAAAAACUAAAUUCUGUAAACAAAGCUGAAUGGUAUUGUGAUGGUUAUUUUUGGUGCACAUUCAUGUAAAAGGGUGUGUUUUGCAUCAUUAGACUUCCGCACAACAAUGAAGCGAUCCCAGGCGGUGUUUUUUAUACAAGUUGGGCAAGUAAUUGUUAUGAGGAGUUAAGAAAUAUACUACCAAAUGCAACACUGUUGCUGCCAGUCGAGUGAGGGAGGUAGGACCGUUGGCAGAAUAAUCCUGAGGGUGUUAACACUGGUUAUUAUACAACGUAAACCCUACUAAUAUUUUAAUUUAUCAACAUUGCACUGUGAACUUCGACACAGUAGCCGUUUUAGCGCAGUAACGCUUUAACAACUGUCUUUUUCGUGUUUGAAAUAGUCAAUAUUGUUUUCAUAUGCUGUAUCUCGUUGUGACCACUAAAUAGCAGUGUUGCUGUUUUAUCAAUUUAUAAUUGUUCCCUUGUUAAAAUAAAAAGUGCAUUCUUUCAGUUGAGUGAUGCCUCAGAGGGCUUCUUCCUCCAGCAAAUAUUUUAAUAUAAGAAGACUAACGGGCUGAAUACUGCUGCCAACACCAGCAUAAUUAAUAUUUCAAAAUUGUAUUUUAUUCCUGGUGCUCGUCUCAAGCAUAACAUAUCCCUUGACUGAAAAUCAAGGUCAUAUCAAAUACCCCCAAAUAUAGAGUUUGCAAUUUAUUGUGAAAUGGGCUUUUCACCAGCUGAUGAAAAGUUUCAGACCACAGGCUUUAAAAGCCAAAACCUGGGCAAAAAUGUGAAUUCAAUGUCAUUUUUGGUCUUGAUGGCUUUCAAUAUUACUGGAGAAAAUCCCACCCCGAUCUGAGGUGUUUUUUUUUUCUCAAUGGAACAAUGGAGCUUCGGGUUGUGCAUGGGCAUCAAACAGCAGCUGGAGAUCUUGCAGGGGCAAGACUUCAUGACUGAAAGCCCUCGUCUGUGUGGUAAUGACUGGGCUUUUCAACAGGACAACACUGCAGAUCACAAAGGUUUUAUUUUUAAUGCUCUCUUUGCAUAUUUUAGACAUACAUUUUAACAGGAAAAUUAACAAAAACAAGAAAAAAAACAGUAAUAUAGAAUAAAGAAGAAAUAUUAGAAUAACCAUAAUAUUAAUAUAAUAAUUCCCGCACUACCACAAAAAUCACAAGUUUACCAUGUUGAACUUUUUGACAAUUUUUCAAAUUAUACAAGGUGUUGACUGAACUAAAUGAACAUUUUAGAGAUAUUCUAAUAUUGAGAUGCAUCUUUAUUUGUAUGAGCCAGCCUAAUGGGUAUUGUACAUGUUUUAAUGAAGAUUUAAGGUCCCUGUUAAAACAUACCCAAGUAGCAACAGGCACUCAUCUUCACACAGUAAACAAACCCUAAAGCAUACAGUACUCAUCCACAAAAGCAAGAAACCUUGUCAGAAAAUAUUCAUAUAUCCAUUUCCAUACUCUCACAAGGAGAUGAUCUCUCAAGGACAGAGCCUCACAAGCACAUUACUCACACUGAAGAUGGCAUUCAUAUCUAUGAUAAUUAAGUCGGUUUCUCUUUGCAAGAAGAGAUAAGGAUAAAUAUACGGUAUAAAGUGCCCUUUGGAUAUAACCCUGCAUUGUCUCUGCGUUUGUUCAAGCAAGACAGUCAUGGUGAAUGAGUCACACCAUCAGGACGACAAAAAUGGAACAGCUUUUUUUUGGUGACUAAAAGUCUUUAGUUCUGUCAGCACAUACAUAAGAUACAGAGAUAUGUAACAGGAAGUCAUUUGGAUCAGGUAGAUUGAGCCGCUGCUGAACUUGACUCUUUUAAUAUCGUCUAGUCUAUUAAGAUGUCAAACUUUUUCAUGUAAUCAUCCUCAUCAGACCUGAGUUCAAUUCCACCCUCUGUGUGGAGUUUGCAUGUUCUGCGUGGGUUUUCUCGGGGUACUCCGGUUUCCUCCCACAUUCCAAAAACAUGCUAGGUUAAUUGGCGACUCCAAAUUGUCCAUAGGUAUGAAUGUGAGUGUGAAUGGUUGUUUGUCUAUAUGUGCCCUGUGAUUGGCUGGCGACCAGUCCAGGGUGUACGCCGCCUCUCGCCCGAAGACAGCUGGGCUAGGCUCCAGCACCCCCGCGACCCUCGUGAGAAUAAGCGGUAGAAAAUGAAUGAAUGAGUGAAUCAUCCUCAUCCCCCUUUUUCUCGUGUUUUGCUUUUGAACUGGCUGUCAUCUUGCCAGCUCCUGUGCAGAUUUCCUAUCAUUAUCUUCACAAAUGCACCACUGUACCCAUGAUCUGUCUAAAAAUGUCUUAUGGCCGAGUUCCAAAAAUGUCAGUAAUAUAACUGUAAAAACGCUGUUCCUGUGAUCUCGUCGUGAAACCCAACCAACAGAAGCAGAUUUCCUCCAUCUCCCGUGUUUGAAAUCCAGAACCCAAGUGCAGAGGAUCAGUUCACUGUAGGCAACUGCUGAGCUGAUCCGUCGCUGUUUUCGAGAGGGCCUAACUCCGGUUCCUGCUGAACUGAGCCAGUGCUUGUUGAAUAUCCAACUGUUAUCAGCUCAGUAGGCACAGGAGGCUGAGCCCAGGCAGCUGCACCUCCCUAAAAUCACCACAGGGGGAAGCAAACUGCAAGCUGUAAAGAAUAGGACUGCUGCAUGCAAGUCAAGUCUACCUGACAAGAGACGGUCAUUUGUUGAGAGUCAAAACGUCAAAAGUCACAAAAACAUGUGACUUUUUCUUUGGAUUUUGGUGGCUGUCUUGCAAUACAGGAAACUACAAGUCAGCUGACCCACAUUUGAAGCGCCACUAUAUGUGGCACGUGUUAGCAAAGUUAAGGCAGACUGUUUUUAUUAUUUUAACCACGCCUACGGUAUGUAAUGUCUUUUUGUACUUGAAACACAUUAAGCAAUAAUAAAUUAUGACUUUUUCAUUCAAGUUAAGACUGUUUUAUCGCUGUUACGACUUAACAGUGGUUGGCUUGUUCUUACACUUGACAGUUGAGCAUUAAAGUGUUACUCAAACAUUUCCUAUCAUAAUAAUAUGACAAUACUUAAACAUUUCCUAUACUAAUAAUAUACCAAUACUAAUUAAAUUAGUCUCCCAGAUCAGACUGUUUUUACUAAAUGUAUUAUGGUCUCGUCUUUAUACUUUGCUGAUGUGGCGUGACUUUCCUCCUUGUGGAAUUAAUUAGGCUUUAGUCUUUUCUAAUAAGUUGCAAUCCCAGACAGAAAUAGUUCUGACUUUACCAAUGAGACUUUCUUCUCUCACCCAAAAAUAACAAACACAAUUUGACUUGGUUGACUUAUCCAAAGCUUUCAAGAACAAACGAUACUUUGCCCCCCAUUGCUGCUUUAAUCCCAUUGAUUUAUUUAAUGUGACAAUGAUUGAUUGCACUACUCCCAAUUUAUUUCCCACUGAGUCUGUUGAUGACUGCAAUGUAUUUUUCUCAUGAAAGAAUGGAAGGUGAAGGUGCAGUAGCACGGGCCGUGUUUAGAUUGGGUUGUCUUACGUUGUCAGCGGUGGGCUUUUACUAAGCAUGACAAAUAUAUUACAUAAGUGUAUCAGUGGCGCUACGGUCAAAGCCUCACACAGAUGCUGCUUCUGUUGUUGACCACCCAGACAGUAAUUGAGCCCAAACUUCACAAUUACAUUGAUACUUGUUUUCCACCAUGAUGAGACAUUUCCUGUACUGUAUUUCCUUCCUGUGUGAGUAAACCAUCCCAUUCCCCCCUCCUCUCUUAUAACAUGGCUGUCCUUCUUUUAGCCUUGAGGCUAAGAAGCCACAAAAUAACUGAGGAAGGGAAACGUCACAUUACAGAAUAUGAUUAUACCAAGAGGAUGACAUGACUAUUCUAAGGAUGGAUGUGUUGUAGGAAAAUAUGAACAUAUAGAAGUACAGGACAUAUGAUAUUUGAGGUUGGCUUCAAAAUGCUUUGGAAUACAUGUAAUACAUACUGUUUAUCCUCAAAAUAUAGUCAAUGGCAUAUGGAUAAAUAGUUGCGAAAACCCUCAUGUGCCCCUGUAAAAUGGUUGCCUUCUUGGCGCCCAUGUUGUUCAACCAAUCUUGCUCAGAUUUGCCACCAUUGUGUUUGCCAGCCCCCUAAAGGUGUGUGCCAAAUUUGGUGGGUAUUAGGCUAGGCCAGUGAGCUGUGUGAGAAAUUUCAAGUCAAGCUGACUUAUGGGGGUCUACCUUUGGGGUUUAACAACAGCGCCACCUUGUGGUGAAUUGGUCGGAAAAUCAGUAGCUGCAUGCGCUAACAAAUGUUACCCUUUUUGUGUGCAGCGAUUCAGGAGUAGUACAAAUACCCACAAAGUGGACACCCUUAUUGUGUUUCUUCAAACAAUAAUAACCAAAGCAACAAUUUUGCCUUUACAGUGAUAAUAAUGCUCAUUUUGUAUAUAAAAUAACAAUAUUUGUAUGUUUAUUUUUAUGGUUCUACUUGCAAAGGUAUAGAA